CUCGUUUUCCCACUAAAUUCUUUCUCAAAAUUUUGUCACUAAAUUGAACUUGGAAAUAUUAAACGAACACACCAUGGUUAGUGACGAUACGAUUGUAGUCAUUAUUAGAGAGUACAACCCGAAAACAGACACCCAAAGAGUCGAACAAGUAGAAAGAAGCUGUGAAGUCGGGCCAAGCGGCGAAUACUCGCUCCAUGCUGAUCUUUUAGGUGACCCUAUAUGUCGAGUUCGCAACUCCCCUGCAUAUCUCAUGCUGGUAGCAGAGAUGGUGGCGACAGUCGACGAGGUCGAGACUAGAGAGGUUGUCGGGAUGAUACGAGGUUGCAUUAAAACCGUAACAUGUGGUAGAAAACUAUGUAGAAAAACCAUGGAAGCCGGUCCUGUUUUUACUAAACUCGCUUACAUCUUAGGCCUUCGCGUCGCGCCUUCUCAUAGGAGGAUGAAAAUCGGAUUAAGCCUCGUUUGUAGAAUGGAAGAUUGGUUUAGAGAGAACAGAGCUGAAUAUUCUUAUAUCGCAACUGACGCUGCCAACAAGCCUUCGGUUAAUCUCUUUACAGGAAAAUGUGGAUACUCUAAGUUUCGUAACCCAUCGGUCUUGGUCCACCCUGUAUUUGCACACCAAAUUCGUAUCAACCGACAAGUCUCAAUCAUUAAACUUUCAUUGUCUGAUGCCGAGACCAUCUAUCGGCGUAGAUUCUCCACCACCGAGUUCUUUCCUCGUGACAUUGACUCGGUACUAAAAAACAAUCUCAAUUUGGGGACAUUUCUAGCAUUACCAAAAGAUUGCCCGCAUUCAAUGUCAUGGGCCGGGGCAGAGUAUUUCCUUUCUGACCCGCCCGAAUCAUGGGCCAUCAUGAGUGUUUGGAAUUCAAAUGAUGUGUUUAAGAUGGAAGUUAAGGGUGCGUCAUGGUUUAAAAAAGGGGUUGUUAAAACUACUCGGGUCGUGGAUAGGGUCUUGCCUUUCUUGAACUUGCCUUCAUUACCCAAGAUUUUUAGCCCGUUUGGGCUACAUUUAUUAUAUGGGCUCGGUGGGGAAGGACCGUCAUACCUAAAGUUCGCUAAGGCCUUGUUUGGUCACGCUCACAACCUAGCCAAAAAGGGCAAGUGCGGCGUGGUAGCAACCGAAGUGUCCAGUGAGGAUCCACUCAUGUCCGCGAUUCCACAUUGGAAGGUGCUCUCAUUCGCAGAUUUAUGGUGCAUCAAGAGACUCGACGAAGACUAUAGUGACGGGUUUGUUGGGGAUUGGAGAAAGUCGCAACCAGAUCUAUCCUUCUUCCUUGAUCCUAGAGAGUUUUGAAUGUCUUGAUAUAAAUGUAUUAUGACAAUAUCAACAACGAUAUCCAAUCUCAUCAAUGCACAAGGCAUAUGGGAUAAGAGAUAUAUUAGUGAAAUGUAAAAUGUAUACGGUUUUAUCUUUCGAAAAUAGAAAGAAAAAAAAAAGUUAAAUUUUAUAGCUGUUUGGUAUAAACAAUAUAAGAUUCAAUCUUUUGAACUUAAUCAGUCUAGUCACUUGUUCUAGUUGAAUUAAUAUUUGUAAUAGAUGGAUGGGAAAGAAGCAAAAAUGCGUUUUGGAAUAGGUAUAUAUCCUCAAUUGGGACCUAGGUAUUUUUCUCUUCUUUUGUAAAUAAAUGGUAUGCUUUUGUA